GCGGAAACCCCCAGUGCGCAUGUGCGGUGAGUGUGCGUGGAGAGUGUCAGGUGCGGAGUUUAUGCGGUUUUGCGUGUUUUUCUCCUGUUUUCCGCUGUUCCAGUGAUCUUCCCCCGGUCUGAAGGCUGAGUCUGCCGCGGAGGAGCAGCCAUGGCCGGGACCGCGCUCAAGAGGCUCAUGGCGGAGUACAAGCAGCUGACGCUGAACCCUCCGGAGGGGAUCGUGGCAGGUCCUGCCAAUGAGGAGAACUUCUUUGAGUGGGAGGCCCUCAUCAUGGGGCCCCAGGACACAUGUUUUGAAGGGGGUGUGUUCCCGGCAGUGCUCAGCUUCCCCUCAGACUACCCUCUGAGUCCCCCCAAGAUGAGGUUCACCUGUGAGAUGUUCCACCCCAACAUCUACCCAGACGGCCGCGUGUGUAUCUCCAUCCUCCACGCCCCUGGAGAUGACCCCAUGGGCUACGAGAGCAGUGCCGAGCGCUGGAGCCCUGUGCAGAGUGUGGAGAAGAUCCUGCUCUCUGUGGUCAGCAUGUUAGCAGAACCCAACGAUGAGAGCGGUGCCAACGUGGACGCGUCCAAGAUGUGGCGUGAGGACCGGGAGCAGUUCUACAGACUGGCUCAGAGCAUCGUGCGCAAGUCCCUAGGCUUUUAACACCGGACCCGACUGGACUGGACUGGCACCACAUGUGGUCCCACUGUGAAACACCUCUGUACACAGAAGCUCUGAAACCCCACUUUACUGCUGGGCUGUUUGAGUAAUAUCUCCUAGUAGGGUUGCCAAAAGUAUCGAAAAUGAAGUACAAAUCGAUACUAAAACUAGUAUCGAAACUAGAUACUCAUUUUUCACAGGUAUCGAUACUAAAAUAAAAGUCCCAUUCACAGGACAGAAUUGUACCUUUCCUGAAUAUCUUUAGAAUGAUGUUGAGCUGUAUCAGAACAAGUAGAAGACACAUCGACUAGUACACACACAUGGACCAACGUGAACCUACUGGACCUCUGAGGAUCACACACAUAUAAGACACAUGGGAACAGAACAGAAAGUACUACCCGUUAAUGUUGAAAAUCACAUUCUAUUGUCUAAAGAAAGUUUUACAGAAAUGUUAGUAUUGUGAUCAAUCUCCUAGACCCCAACUGAAGUGUCCCAUGUUUGUCAGAGAAACGCCAGCAGCCCACCUAAUGAAUCUAAACUGCAUACUGACGUGAUAUAGACUGACUUGAAAACCCAUUGUGUAAUGUGAUCCGUGCUUCUAUCUGAAGGCUGUGAUCCUCCUUCAGCUCUUUCACAGCAUGGUCAGAGGAGGGCGCUGUUUGGGGAGACGAUGGUAUCCCAAUGAAAAGACUAAAUAAAUAGGAGAGGAUAUGGGAGGUGAGGUGUGGGUGGGGAGGGGUUGGGGCAGGCCAGGCACUUAACCGCACCUUCUCUUGCACUUUACAUCUCUGUGUCUAAGGCUUGACCCACUG